AUUCGAUCUGAAACCAAAAAAACUCUCUUGAAACCGGAAGCAGACGUAUUUCAAUUCUGAACUUUUCAACGGUCCCCGGUAAAGCACUGAUUCGUGGGAACCAAAUGAAACGCGCUCUGCUUUUUGCAACACCAUGCGCAAGAGCGAGCGCAAUAUAUGAGUUGUCAUGGAAACUCACCUGUCCGCGUCACACGUGCCGGACAUACGAGGGCAAAAGCAUUAAUUUUAAUUAAAUGAUCCCACAACAGAAAAUAGAACAUUACGAAAUGUUUUUCUAUGUAAAUUAACAGGACGUCAUAGAAUAGUGUUUUGAAGGCGUGUAUCGAUAACGAAAUAUGUUAAAGCUUGGUUUGGUGAGUUGAUAAACAAAUCGCUACUUGUUCUCAUAAACAAUUAACAUUGGAAUAUGUAGCAAUUCAUAGAGACUUCCAUCCGUCAUCCAGGGAAGCGAUCAGUCGCUUUUUCGAGUGGUUGGUUGUAUUAAGGCAACGUAAACAAGCACUCGUCUGAUAAAACUCUCGAUCUGAGUUAAUAAAAUGCCAUAAAAGAACAUCGAAAGUGAUUAAUUAGUAGAUAUUGCAAAAUCAAAAUUAAGGUUGCGGCUCUGUCAACUUUAAUAAUCGGCAUUUGCCGGUUAAUCUUUGGAUCUGGGGCCAAGGGUGACGCGGCAAUGCAAGAAAUUCCCCUUUAUUUAAACAAUAAACCGGCCAUCCGGAAUUUCAGUGUUUUCAUACAAUUCAUAUGAGCAACCAGGCCGCGAAGUCUGAAAGUGCAAAAAAUGGUGGUAUUGCGAUCGAAGUUUUACACAGAUUUUCUAACAUGUCGUCAAGUGCUCAAUAUAAUGGUGAUCUUGGGCUUCAUGUUCAACUACAUGCUACGAGUGAACCUGACGAUUGCCAUUGUGGACAUGGUGGAAUCGAACACGACCAACAACACCUCGACAAAUUCAACAAAAUCCCGCAUAGAUGAAACUCGCUUCAACUGGAACCCUGAGCAAUACAACGCAGUUUUAGGCAGCUUCUUCUGGGGCUACGUAUUGACUGAACUCCCCGGUGGCAGAAUGGCCGAAAUAGUGGGAGCGCGAAAAAUCUUCGGAGGCGGCAUGCUGAUGGCCUCCAUUCUCACCAUACUCACACCCGCCGCCGCCUACCUCAACUACUACGUGAUUCUGAUCCUGAGGGCCGUUUUGGGCUUCUUCCUCGGAGCCACCUGGCCCGCCAUCCAGCCCAUGGCUGCCAAAUGGAUUCCGCCCAUGGAACGCUCCAAGUUCAUCGCCAACAUGAUGGCGUCGAGUUUGGGCGCAGCCAUCACUAUGCCAGUCUGCGGGUACUUGAUCAGUACCGUUGGUUGGGCUAGCGUUUUCUACGUCACUGGUGUGAUCGGCAUUGUGUGGUCGAUUUUGUGGUUCUGUUUGAUUUACGAUUCGCCUGCCGAACAUCCCAGAAUCAGCGAGGAGGAGCGGGAGGAUAUUGAGGCGAAAAUUGCUGAUGGAGAGGGAGGCAAAAACUCCAAGCCAUCCUACGUGCCCUGGAAGCGCAUCUUCCUAAGUUUACCAGUCUGGGCCAUAAUAAUAACACACGGAUGUUCAGUGUUCGGUUACUUCACAGUGGUCAAUCAGCUGCCAACGUAUAUGAAGAACGUCCUGCACUUCAACAUCAAGAAGAACGGACUGUUGAGCAGCCUGCCUUACUUGGCCAAGUACAUCAUGGCGAUCAUCGCCUCCUACUUCGCCGACAGACUGCGCAAAUCGGGAAAACUCUCCACCACAGCAACCCGGAAAGUUUUCACCACAUUCGCCAUCAUGAUUCCCGGUUGCCUCAUGGCGGUUCAGGCGAUUUGGGGCAUGGAUGCCACGCUUUCAGUCGCCGUCUUCACCAUCAGCCUCUUCUUCAAUGGGGCUGUAACUGCUGGGUACCUGGCUAACGCUCUGGAUAUCGCGCCGAACUUUUCCGGAACAAUUUUCGGCCUGGCAAACACGCUUUCCAGCUUUGGCGGCUGGCUGUCCACCAAGAUAGUGGCCGUUCUGACGGCCGAGGAAAGCACUUUUGCCACUUGGAAGUACGUUUUUUGGAUCCUGGUGUUCACCUAUGUGUUCGGGGCGCUGUUCUACUUGCUGUUUGGCAGCGGCAAAUUGCAAAAGUGGAACAACCCGGACGAGGCAUAUGGACAGGAUGGCAAAGAGCUGCAACCAUUAAAGAGCAAACCUGAGAUUGAGAAGGAGAGGGAAAUCAACAAUAUUGCCUGAUAAGUGCACGGCGCAAUUCGGAUUCGCUUUUUUCGGCAACGUCUCGUUACUUUAAUUCUUCUCUAACUGACUGUGGUGUCGGCAAGACACUGUAUUGAUCAGUAUUAAAAGCAGUAGAAACACCGGAUGCACUGGUCCGUUGAUUUUCCUACUCCCACAGACAAUAACAGAUUUUUGCAUGGUUUUAAACUGAGAGACGACGCAACGAAAGCGACUUAUGUACGUACAAACAUUGUGUGUGUCCACACCUUUAAACUCCUGAGCCAAUAAGUGUUAAUUAUUAUUAUAUAUUAUUACGUAUGUUUUUGUUACACAUUUUACUUUAUAUAUAAAUAAACGCAUAAAUGAUA